AUGACUCAUUUAGCAGACAAAGUGAAAGCGAUUGGAAAGGUUCUAAAUGAUCCUGAAAGGCCUUUGAAGGAAAGAUUUAGGGCCUUGUUCACUUUAAAAAACAUUGGAGGACAUAGUGCCUUAGAAGCAAUUUCUGAUUGCUUUCAAGACUCUUCAGCACUUCUUAAACAUGAACUAGCAUACUGUUUGGGACAAAUGCAAGAUCCUGAAGCUUUGCCAGUUUUGUAUGGAAUUUUAUCUAAUCUUGAAGAACAUCCUAUGGUGAGACAUGAAGCAGGUGAAGCCAUAGGAGCUAUUUGCAACGAAAAUUCAUUGCCUAUUCUUAAGAGAUUUAUUGAUGAUCCUGCUCCUGAAGUUUCUGAAACAUGCCAGUUAGCAAUUCAAAGAAUUGAAUGGUUCUCCAAAAAUAAUGAUAGAAAAAAAUCUGUUUACAACACUGUUGAUCCAACUCCAUCAUUAGAUUUGUCAGAUGUGAAAUCUCUGAAAGAAAUUUUAUUGAAUGAUGAAAUUGAUUUGUUUGAUAGGUACAAAGCUAUGUUUGCCUUGAGGGAUAUUAAUUCACCAGAGAGCAUCUUAGCUUUAUGUGAAGGAUUAUUUGUAGGAGGUGCGCUAUUCCGCCAUGAAAUAGCUUUUGUUUUGGGUCAGUUACAGAAUGAAAUAAGCAUACCACACUUAAUUAAGGCCUUAGAAGAUUUAUCACAGAAUGAAAUGGUGAGACAUGAAUGUGCUGAAGCACUAGGAUCUAUUGCUAAUGAAGAAUGUUUUAAUAUCCUUCGGGUAUUUUUGAAUGAUGAAAGUAGAGUGGUACGAGAAAGCUGUGAUGUUGCACUUGAUAUGGCGGAUUAUGCAAUGUCCAAUGAAUUUCAAUAUGCUAAUACAGCUCUACUUGUUCAAUCUGUUUAA